AUGAGAGAAGUGGUCGACUAUUUUGACGCACGUGAUUCAAAAGGAAGAAAAAAGUACUCAUGGAAAUCUACUCAACAUCGGUUCAAAUCUAUUCCUCACAGACAGUAUCUUCCUCGGUGUCGUCAAUGUAUUGAAAAAAAUGGUACUAAACGAGAGAAGUUUCAGGUCAUCGAUGAUUCUGUAUAUGGCAUGUUUCAAGAAGCACGAGAAAAUGUCUUACCGGUUCGCGAUAAAGAUUUACAACGAUGGGCGUUACAAAAAGCUGCUGAAAAUUCGAGUCUUAUAUUUGAAGCAUCCGAACACUGGUUGAGAGUUUUCAAACAUCGUCAUCAUAUUUUUUCUAGAAAAAUUACAAAAUUAGUAACUCGCCAUCAUGCAGAAGAUACUAAUGCUAUUAUUGAAUCAGCAGACUCUUUUGUACGUGACGCUAAAAGAGAAAUGCAGAAUUAUGCACCUGAAGAAGUAUUAAAAACCGAUCAGGUUGGACUGGAAUUGGAGCUUCAUUUCAACAGAACCCUUUCGUACGAGAGAGAAAAGGUUACUAUGGCACGUGUUAGAUCAAAAAAAUGCUACGACACAUUCUUACACAAUUCAACCAAUGAUAUCUGCUGCUGGAAAAUUGGUUGGUCCCUUGUUUCUUUGCUUGAAAGAGCCAAAGGGGAAAAUGAGUGA